AUGGCAUAUUGGCUCAUUGGCCCUGCCGUGAUCGCCAUCCUUGUCCUCACCACAAGGUUUCUGACAUGGAAACGCCUGCGGCACAUCCCGGGCCCGUUGUGGUGCGGCUGGUCGGAUCUAUGGAUACUUCGGAGAGCCUUCAGAGGGUCACUGUACCGGGAUCUUGACGAUUUAUGCCACAAGUAUGGACCUCUUGUCCGCGUUGCACCCGACUACUUGAUAUGCGGCGACCCAAUUGAAGUUCGCCGCAUAUGGGGAGUACGCUCUCAGUUCGAUCGAGCACCAUGGUUCAAGGGGUUCCAGCUUGAUCCACCAAACGACUGUACCCUGUCCAUACGUGACAGCACCCUGCACACGGCGCUCAGAUCCAAACUUCUCCCUGGAUACUCAGGAAAGGACAUUGACGGGUUACAUGAGUCGAUUGACCAGCAAAUAGCCAAGUUCGUUCGCUUUAUAGAGGGGAAAUAUCUCUCGACCGAGACGGAUUUCCGCCCAGUUGAUUUCGCUCGUAAGAUUCAGUUCUUGACCUUGGACCUCGUUUCCACAUUCGCAUUGGGACGGACGUUUGGCUUCGUGGACAGGGAUGGCGACCUCUACGACUACAUCAAGACGACGGAAGAGUCACUCCCUCUCAUGCAAAUGAUCGCCUUACUGCCAGGGCUCUUGAGCGUCCUACAGUCUCCUCUAUUCAAAGCGAUCCGGCCAACGCACACUGAUGCGAUUGGGCUCGGCAAGGUUAUGGGGCUUGCUAAAGAAAUCGUGGCCGAGCGAUACGGCGAUGCGAAGAUUGUCAAACGAGACAUGCUGGGGUCAUUCGUUGCUCACGGUCUGACACAAAAGGACGCCGAGUCUGAGUCUCUUGUUCAGAUCGUGGCGGGCUCUGACACGACUGCCACGGUGAUCAGGAUAGGCAUGUUUCACGCCUCCACGUCGCCCCUCGUAUAUCAGAAGUUGCAAGAAGAGAUUGACCGGGGCGCCAAAGCUGGUCAGAUAUCGUCUCCAAUCAAAGAUAGCGAGGCACGGGCACUUCCAUACUUACAGGCCUUCAUCAAAGAGUGCUUCCGGAUCUGGCCUCCUAUUACUGGCAUCGUCCCGCGGACCUCCAAUACGGAUGCCGUGGUCUGUGGCCAUCGCGUUCCGGCCCACACAAACGUUGGCUGGAGCGCGCGCUCAGUGAUGCGAGACAGGAAUGUUUUUGGGGAUGACGCAGACUUCUUCGCCCCUGAGCGAUGGAUACUUGCUCAGGGCGAGCAGCUUCGAAUCAUGGAGAAUACCAUCGAGCUUAUCUUUGGUCAAGGCAAAUGGGGUUGUCUGGGCAAGCCUAUUGCCCUCUUGGAGCUGAACAAGGUGUUCGUCGAGCUUCUACGACGCUUUGACUUUACUGUCGUCAACCCUGCUCAUCCUAUGGACACCUUUGACUACGGCGUCAUGACGCAAUGGAACCUCAUGAUGAAGAUUACGAGGCGGAAUAGUCCCGUGUAA